CACUACCAGCCUCAUCAUCACACAAACGCUCAACAGCAGUUCGAGGUCACAGCUACUAAAAAUCCUAUGAACCUGAAUGCUGAUCCAGUCUUCGUUGAGAGCCAGGAAUCUUCUUGCUCCCCAGUCGCGUUGAAAGCGAAUUGCGGAAAGUGUUUAGACUUCUGCUGUCCGAUCUGCUGUGGCCUGUUACACAAACAUGAUCUGACUCGUCCUGACUCCUCUGAAUCUGAUUCUGAGGCUAGUUUCUAUGGCAAAGAAUGCGCAGAAGAUGAUAGUAGACAUGAUGAAAAUGGCGGUGAUGGUUGGAGCGUUCUUGGCGAGGAUAAUAACCUCAAAGCGAUCCCACUUCCCAAAAAAGAUGGCGAAGAUAGCACAAAUUCAACAACAGUAGCUCAUUCUUCCAAGACUGGAGGCCUAAUUAAUCAGAUUGCUGAUCGAGUGCGAAGCUCGGGUUACGAGUUCUCUGGAUAUUCGUUACAAGUGAUUGCCCCUGCUUGCACACCCAUUCGGGAGCACGCCGUCUGGAUAGCUUUGUUGCACCACCUUGUCAAACAUAUUUCUGACUGGGCUCCAGCUGUCAUAACGCCCCAAUCUGAGAGACCAGCUAUAGCGACAACAUCAAGCGUUCCAAUAAACUUGGCGUCUGAUGCGCCGCCAUCAGGAUUGAUGCAACCUGAGCAUUGUGCAGAAGCAAUGGUAUCUUCUUGGCGUUUAGCCUCAUUUCCUGUUAAGGCAAUCUGGAAGUGGCUUGUACGAAAUCAACUAAAUAAGGCGCUUAAGACCUAUAAUCAUUCAUCACCAUCCGACUUGACUCACAAAGAAACGUCUUCCGACGCAUCUGGCUCACUUGACCCUGCUGUACGCCAUAUCUGCAUUAGGCUCGAGUUUCACAUCCCACCUGACCCAUCUCAAACUGGCGAGCCCCAACAUGUCAGGAUAGGAAAAAGUAAUGACAAAUUCAGAGCAGAUUUUGUGGAAAAUGGUGCCGGCAAUAUUGGCCUAUCGACUGAUCAUCUUUGCCGACGUCUUUCAAUGGCUGCUGACCGUGCUGAUCAUUCACUUUUUAGUGCCCUUCCAGUACCACCUCGGAAGCGUCGGCGUGGUGGUCCUCGAAGUGGGGGUGGAGCUAGUUCGGCCAGGAUUGUUGAUUCGAGCCCUAAUAUAAAUCGUAUCGACUCUGAGGCAAAUCUGGCCAAUGGCAUUAUAAUUGGAAAGACGCGGAAUGUCUCUAGAGCUUCAAUUGGCAUAUUGCUUGAAUGCUUGCCGCAAAUACUCUUCACCAGAGAUGUCCUCUGGUAUCUCUAUUUUUGUCGUUAUUUUUAUCAAUUACGCCUAUAUAAAAUGAAAUAA